ACCGCCUAACCAAGAUGGGGAACGCUCUGGACGCAGAACUCGGGCGGCUGGCACAAGUCGGCGUGAGUCUUGGUCGCUACACCAAAGGAGACAAGGUCAAAGUUGAACAUGACCUGAUGACCUUACAGCUGCUCCAGAGAGGUCAUGGCGGCUUCACCUUACCGAUGUUGGAGUGCAUAACGACAGAAGGAUCUGUGGAAGGAGUGGAUCAAGAUGGUGACAUCGUCGUUCGGUAUCCUAGCGGAAACAGAUUCUGUCUGAACCCUGACGCCCUGACCAAAGUAGGCGGGGACGACAGCUCCGCCCUCCGUACAGGAGACUGGGUCCGGGUCAGCGAGGAUCACGGGAAGGUGCAGCGGCAGCAGGUCGGACAUGGCGGCUGGAACAACGACAUGGCGUCGAGCCUUGGAAAGGUUGGGCGGAUCGUGCACGUGUUUCCUGACCGGGACGUGAAGGUGGACGUGGGCGGCAGGAUGUGGUGCUUCAACCCGGCCAGUCUGACGAAGGUGUCCGCUCCCGGAGAGGGCGGGAACAGACUGAGUGUGGGAGACCUGGUGAAGAUAGACGGUAAUGGACUACGUGUCAGAGCCAUGCAGGAGGGACAUGGUGGCUGGGUUCCUGCAAUGUCAGCUACCUUAGGCCAGGUUGGGCGAGUGGUAUCGGUUGGUGCAACUCGCGUGAAGGUGGAGGUUCCAGGAAAAGGUGGUUGGACGUACAACCCCGACGUGCUGACGAAGGUUGAGAAGCCCAGCAGUGGAAGUGGCAGCAAUGCCAGUAACAGUAGUAGUAGCGGCAGUAGCAGCGGCAGUAGUGGGUCAGCAGAGAUCAGUGUUGGAGACCUGGUCCGUGUCAGUAAUGACGCAGCACGGGUAAGGCUGCUUCAGCGGGGACAUGGCGGCUGGAACGACAAAAUGAGAGAGGCCUUGGGUAAAGUUGGGCGUGUGGUGAAAGUUGAUUCGGAUAACGACAUGACCGUCCACAUAGACGGCACGGACUGGCUCUUCAACCCCAACUCACUGACCAAAGUCUCAUCAGGAGGGGGUUCACAGGCCGCGGCUAAACCAUCGACUGCCGGGAAAUCCUCCAUGUGUGCUAAGGGAACGCACCAGUGGAACAAGGACAAGUGUAAGGUGUGCAGAUUCUGUAAGAAGUGCACCGGGUUCGGAGCCAAGUGCGUUCAUGAAGGAAAACUGCUGCGAUUCCCUGGAGGUCCGUGCGGCUGUGGUGCAGGUGACGCCGGGUGUGAGCGGUGCGGCUGCUGCCGUGCGUGUGCCGGGGAGGACGACAGUAGCGACAGUGACGAGGACAUCAGCGGACUGAUGAGGCACCUCGCCGCCGGUCGGGAUCAACUUACUGUGCUGGACCUGCUCAAAGCCGCACUUGAAAGGAGUGAGGAGGGGUCCGGAGCAGGUACUCCCCGGGCCGUGAAGACGCUCUCACCCGAGGAACGUCGAGAGAAACUGUACGAGCUGCUGCCCAAGAUGAGCAAGGCCAUCGACAUGGUCAAGUCAAAAAGGGAUGGAGGAUCCAUCUCAACCGUCAAAGACACGCUGGAGGAAGCUCUGGACGGCCCCUACAAGAUGUUCCCUAAAAAGGCAGAACGUAAGAUCAUGGGGGACCACCUGGCUAACAUCGGGGGUGCUCGUGCCCUGACGGACUACCUGAAGUUCCUGAUGAAUGGCAAACACACCGAGGAACAGGUGCAACUGAAAUGCCUGCAUGUGGUGCGGAGUCUGUUGUGGAACUUCUCGGAUGCCAGUUUUGAGUUCUGCCGUGAACUCGGCAAGUCAGGCCUCCUCACGAUUGUUGCCCAGGAUCUGGCUAACUUCGACGGAGCCGAUCUCAAACAUGAGGUGAUCAACCUAAUGGUCCUGUCUGCCAUUGCCGUGAUGCACAACUGUGCCAAGGUACCAGAGAACCGUCACUUCCUCCAGGACGUCAAAGCAGUCGACCGCAUCAGGCCGUAUCUGCAAGUCGAAGAUAUUAACCUAAAGGUCCCAGCCGUCUUGACCCUGGCGUACAUUGUGGAAGACAGAAACAGCAGUCUGAUCGAGGUUGACGACAGCGUGGCGGAUUACAUCAUCAGGACCAUGAACAAGGCACUCAGUUCCUCUGACAUGAGGGCCGACGGUUACUCAGUGAUGGAGCUGGCUAUGGCCCUGGGCGCGCUGGCUCGGAAUGACGCUAACAAAGAACUGCUCACUAAGAAAGGAGCCCUGAAACUGCUGAUUGCCUUGGCACAGGAUGGUGACAGCACUGAUAAAGAACAGGCUGCGAAGGCGCUGCAGGCGUUCCUUCACGACCCUGACAUCAAAGCUCAGGUAAAGAAGGACCCAGCCGCCGUGUCCAUCCUGAACCAGCUGAAGGAACAUGACGAUCACGCUGUCAAAAAAGCGGCUACAGAUGUCAUGCAGACACUGCAGAAAAGCACUGCAGGUGAUUGCCCGUACAUGCAAAAGUGCAUGAAGUUCAAGACUUCUUUGAAGUUAAAAGACGGUUUUUUCGACGAUCGGUUUAACAUGUGUUACUGCCGUAACUGUCACGUGUCCCGCGGGGACCAGGACUACUACAAACGCGGUGUUCCACAGAAGGACUACGGACUGCCGGUUGGAUGGUGCCGCUUCUCACUCAAGGUCCCUCCUAGAGCCACAGCACUUGAAGUGUUCCAAAAAUGGCAUGUGGCGUUCCAUGGAACGACUGUCGGCGCUCUGGAGAGUAUCCUCAACACCGGGGACCUCAUCAAAGCCGGUGACAAGACCAUGGAGGGCAGCACGUUGUCUGAGCGGGACGGUCACUACAAGGACAGCUGGAAGCCGGCGGGUUUUGACACAAAACAAGUCUUCGUCUCUCCCAGCAUUCACUACGCAGGACUGCCCGCCUAUGCAAAGACUAGCAGCUUUAGACACCGUGACAAGACCUAUGAAGCUAAAGUGGCCCUACAACUCUACAUCAAGCCGGGCAGCUACAAAGUCGGCGCCUCAACGGUCGCGCGGAAGAACUUAGACAAGAGGUUCAGCGACAGCGAGAUCGAGUGGUCCACGGACAGACAUGGAGUCAUCAUUGUCUACGGACUGCUGGUGAAACUGGAGGAGAAGUAGACAGAGAUAGUUAUCUGUGUUUGAAGUCAUCCAAUGCAAUUUUAGGACGGCAAACUGGAUUUUCAAAGUCUGUUUUCUGGUCACUCUUUAAAAAAGAUCUUGCUAACCUACAGCGUACUGAUACGAAAAUAAUAACGAUAAAGUUGCUGACUAAAAACGUUUUUUUUUUUUACAAAAAAAAAAAAAACUCACGGUGGUGAUUUGGGCCUUUUAUAUAAUCGCUACAAAUAUAUAAUGAUGACGACAAUAUGUUAAAAAAAAAUUCGGUAGAUAUCGUCAUUACACAAAUUCCCCGAUCCCAGGAUCCCGAAUAUCGCUUGUUUUGCCACCUUGUAAUUGGAUGUCUGUAAAUAUAGCUAAAAAAUGUUGAAAAUAGAGGCUUGGGCCAGAAGAACUCAUUACUUUAAUUUAGUUUCAAAAGCUUUCAAAAAGCAUUUAGCAUCUUUCUUUUCUUUAAAAAGUGGGCUGAUGACCUUGUAAUUAAAGGUCACUCAGGUCACGUAAAUGUACAAGAUUGUAGUAGAUGGGGAUGGGGGCGUUGGUGGCCUAGAUAAUAUUACCAAAGGUUUGGUAGGUAUUAUCGGUGUUUUGUAUCGUAGCUUUCUGCAUUUAUGUUAGUAAUGCCUUGUUCCUAUACUAUGAUGUCUAAACAUUCUUUUGAUUGACCAUCACAAGAACAUUUUUGGUCUGAUACAUUUGCCUAGGCCAGCCCUAUUUUUGGCAAUAUUUUCGACGUAAAUAGCUUAAAAGAUCUAAGAAAGGCUGGCCAUUAACGGAAGUCAUUUAGGCUACAUAAAGGUGAUUGUCCACUUGUAUUGGUAGUCGAAAUUAAGAUAUGUUAAAUAAGUGUGUUGGGAUAGACGUUAAGCUAAGAAUGUGGUAAGCAUAAGAAUAACAUAGACUACUUUUAGAGCUAUUUUCAUAAUACUCACAUAGAAAGCUGUAAGGUAUGAAACUGAGAUAAGAAAUAAAUGAAAGGAUGAUAAUAGAAUUAAAUUAAAUCUUAUAUCUAAUAUGUGUUAGUGACUGUCAUAUAAUCAAGUCAAGUAUUAUCAUGGUGUAAAUGAAUAUUCAUGCAGAUUGCUUCACCAUAACUGGCAUGUAUGUGCAUAUCGACUCAUU